CGCGCACCUCCACCGUGGUCCCGCAUGGUGACCCGCGAGCGGCGCGCUGACCCUCGCGUCUCAGCGCGCAGGCCCCUGCGCCUUGGUGCGGGUGCGGGGCCUGCAUCUGCGGGCGGAGCUUCGGGGCCGGUGUAGCCCAGUUGCGCUCCUGGACCGCAGCUCGCUCCCCAGGUCGUGGGAUCGACCGGUCGGACUGUUUCCGGCUUCCCUCUGACCGGGCUCAGCGGGUGUGGGCUGUUACCUUGGGGCCGGUGUUCUUCCUGAGCCUCUUAUACUGUGUAAUUAGACUAAGCGUUUUACAGCGGCUAUAAUGCGCUGGCCACUACCGGGUUCCGGGAAACCGAAGGUCGAACACGCUAUGCUCUCUGCUUUGGCAGGCGCGCGGACCCCAUCACUUGAUCGCAGAGGCAGGCAGGACUGAACAGUAUCGGGAUAUGUGACACACCCCUGGAGAAGGGCUUUGGACCUGGACCUGUUCACUAGGAAGCUGCCCUCCCUGCCACCCAGGCCAUCAUGGCAGCCCGCCUGGUGAAGCGAUGCGCGUGCCUCCUGAGAGAGGCCACCCUUCUGGCCCCUGUGGUGGCUCCGGUAGGCCGACUGAGGCUUGCCAGCGUGGCGCAUAGGACUCUGACUUUCUCAGCCACCUGCCCCAGUUCCCACUUCCCAGGCCCCUUGUCGGGGCUUGUGGAGAAGGAACAACUGUCUGCCCCCUGUCCAGAGCACCAGGAGGUGGAGCGGCUCAUUGAGAAGGCCACCCGGCCAGAGGAGCUCCUGGAGCUGCUCAGUGACAGUCGCUGCCUGCAAGAGAACCAUGCGGCCCUCAUGCUUAUCCAGCUUUCUCGCCUGCUGUCUGACAAGCCGGAAGACAGAGCCUUGCUCGUGCAGGAUGCCCGCUUUCAGCAGCUUCUCCAUCUCGUUGACAGCCAGAUAAGUGCUGUGUGGCACGGGACCCUUGUGAAACUGCUCCGCAGCCUGUAUGCGCUGGCGCUGCCCGCGGCCUGCAGGGAGCUGCGCUCGGUGGAGCAGGAGGUCCGCUGGCGCCUGCGUAGGCUCAAGUACAGGCAGCUGGCCUUCCUGGCCGAGUCGAGCGCCACACACAUGCGGGAGUCCCCAGAGCUGCUGGCUGAGCUGCUGCUGCACUUAGAGCGGCGCUGGACGGAGAUCGAUGAUGGCCGCACUGCGGUGGCCCUGAUGGCGAAGACGGGGCACCUCUCUGAGCCGCUGAUGAACCGCCUGGAGGACAAGUGCCUGGAGUUGGUGGAGCGCUUCGGCCCCGAAGAGCUGCGGAAGGUGCUGGUGACGCUGGCGGCUCAGAACCGGCGUUCAGUGCCCUUGUUGCGUGCCGUCUCUUACCACCUGGUCCAGAAGCCAUUCCCGCUGACAAAAGGCAUGCUCCUGGAUCUGGCCUAUGCCUACGGCAAACUUGGCUUCCACCAGACCCAGGUGCUCCAGCGCCUGGCUGCCGACCUGCUGCCCCACGUGCCCAGCCUGACGUCCGGCGAGGUGGCCCGUGGCGCCAAGUCCUUCGCCCUCCUCAAGUGGCUCAGCCCUCCCCUGUUCGAGGCCUUGGCCCAGCACGUCGUAGACCGAGCCCACACCGUCACCGUGCCGCACCUGUGCAACGUGCUUCUGGCCUUCGCACACCUGAACUUCCGUCCCGAGCGAGAGGACAAGUUCUUCGGCCUGGUUCACGAGAAGCUGGGGCCCAAGCUGCGGAGCCUGCACCCGGCCCUGCAGGUGGAUGUGGUGUGGGCGCUGUGCGUGCUGCAGCAGGUGCAGGGGGAGGCGCUGCGAGCGGUGCUCUGCCCUGAACUGCAUGCCCGGUUCCUGGCGAGUCCCCAAAGGACCAGAGCACCUUCCAGAAGCUGCUGCACAUCAGCGCCACCGCCCAGCUGGAGCACCCUGAGUACACGGGCCCCCUUCUGCCGGCCUCAGACUGGGCGCCCUGGCUCUUGGCCUGUGAUGGGAAGGCCACACCCCUGCAGAAGGAACUGCGGGACACCCUGCGGGGGCUGCUGGGGAGCCCCAGCAGGGGCAGCUUCACAGUGGCCACGCAACGCCGAGGUGCUGCUGGACGCGGACGGCCAGUUCCUGCCCCUGAGAGACUUUGUAGCCCCACAUCUCACUCCUCCCUCGGGGACCCAGCCGCUGCCCCCUGGGGCCAAGAGGCUGGCGUUCCUGCGCUGGGAGUUCCCCAACUUCAGCAGCUGGAGCAGAGACCUGCUGGGGCGCUUCGCCCUGGCCCGGCGUCACGUGCGGGCCGCCGGCUUCCUGGUGGUAGACGUCCCCUACUACGAGUGGCUGGAGCUCAAGUCUGAGUGGCAGAAAGGCGCCUACCUCAAGGACAAGAUGCGAAAAGCAGUGGCGGAGGAGCUGGCCAAGUGACCCAGCCCACAGUCUGGACUGCACCCUGGGGGACCCGGCUCACAGCCUGGACUGCACUGUGGGGGAGCUGGCCGGCAGCUCCUGCUCUCUUGUGGGCAAUAAACAGUGAAUUCCAGUGUCCACACCA